AUGCCUGCUCAACUAGCAGAUGUCCGCACACAUGCAAUUCGACCGUCAAGAGGUGUGAGGAUGUCCAAGGCCAAGGAAAGUCGCGGAGUUCGGACAGCGAGGGCUUCUUAUCCGGAGCUUUCCUGCGACCUUUCAUGGGGUCAAGUCGCCGCAUCUGUGCUCGCAGGCAUUGCCUGCGCCACUGCCGUCUCUGAAUCCAAGGGCUCCAAGGGUCUCAAGCGCCCAUCGACGGAGGAUCGGGAGACCUUCGGGCCGAGUUGGCGGGAGUUUCGGGCACGCCUGGUGCAGAAGGAGCGAUCAGAAUCAAGCGGGAAAGGUGGACGACAGCCAGGUGAGGCUACCGGAGCUACCGGGUGGAUGCAUUCGACAACUCUCAUCGAGAAAGGCUCCGUGCUGAUAUCUCGUACGGGGGACCAGUUCACCUUGGAUCAGCAGUACUUCUUGAAUGCAGUCGUCCUGAUCUUGAAAAGGGACGAGGGCGGAGACGUCGGUGUCAUCUUGAACCGCCCAUCGGACUGGACCGCAGAAGACUUGGGCGUGCCGAAGCCCAAUGCCCUCAAGGAGGCAGACCUCCAGUUCAGAAAGCUGCUGGCCACCCUCGGUGGCAACGUAGUGGAGGAGCAGCCAUGGAAAGUCUCCUAUGGUGGGCCCAUGCAUUCGGCGCGGGAUGCGGAGCAAGAGCAGCCCACGCUGCUUUGCUUGUAUCGCUGCGAUUCCGAUCGAGAGGGCGCAGGAGAGGAGAUCAUCCCAGGUCUCCGCUGGCUUCCCUUUAGCCGCGCGAGAGAGAUGGUGGCAACAGGAGCUGCGAGGCAGGAGGACUUCCUUCUCCUCUCGGGCUAUUGUGGUUGGCGCCGCGGUCAGCUCCAGCAGGAGCUGAAUGUGGGCCGCAGCUGGUUGCUGGCUGCGGCGGAUCAUCAGGCUUUGUUUCCUGGUGGAUGUCUCCAGGCCAGUUGCCUUGACCUGGGCAUGAGUCGCUGGGAGCAUUUGCACGAGAGGCUUUUUGAUUUCGCAUCUAUUGAUGGCCAUGAUGGCAAGACCGCCACUGCAGCGCUGAAGCGGUGGAUGACCGACCUCCGGCCAGCUUUGCUAAAUCCAUCGCUGCCAGUAGAUGUUCAGCCUCAGACGCUCCACAGAAACCUCUCCGCCGGUCGGCUCCUGCGUGGCUCCUCCUCGCAUUGGAUCCUGGGUGGACCCAUUGAUCAGAGGCCCGCCAAGGCGGCUGGCACUCAGCCGCCGGCGCAGUACCUGCACAAGGCCGUGCUUCUCGUCUUGGCAGAUGUUACGCCCGAUGAGCCUUCCGUGGUGGUGCUCCUCACCGGGCCGAAGAUCGGAGAGCUGCCCAAGGGCAAAGGCGACGUGUUCUUCGGAGGGUGGGCACAGCCAAAGAAGACGCACGAAGUGCUGCAAGUUCCCGGUGGCUACAUCUGGGGCCAGCUGACCUUCCCUCCGGGAAGGUUGGAGGAGCUACUGGAGCUGGGUGCAGUUGAAGAGGUGCAUGGGCUGAGCUUGAACGAGGUUCUAGAAGUUCCACCGGCACUUCGUUGGGCCGCUGCAGGGGGAUGCAUUGACAGCAUCAACGAAGCAUCGGCGGCCCUACUGGGGAAUGCCCAGCAGAAGCACUGGUACCGACAGUACCUGGGCAUAGCCGUAGAAGAGCUCCGCGACUGA